GUUACUCGGUUAGCAGAGAGAGAGAGAGAGAGAGAGAGAGAGAGGAACAGGAAAAGGCGACUGAGCGGCAAAGAUGAUAAGCACCGGCAGGUUUCCACCUCCUUGCACUUCCAAAUCCCUUCUCGCCGCCGCCAUCUCGUUCCCGCCACACAAAUCCCAAUUGGGCUUCGCCGUCUUUCCCCUCCCAUCUACUUCUUCUUCCUCGCUCCCCACAGCCAUUUUCAAAACCAGCUUCUUCCUCCCUCCCAUUCGGGGCGUGCAUCUCGGGUUUCUCGCCGUCCACGCCAGGAGAAGUAGCGGUUCGGGAGUCUCCUCCCAGAAAAGGCAACGGAGAGGCGGCGUUGUAACGGACGACGACUCUGAUGAUGACGAGGAGUUGGAAUUGGACGGCUCUGAUGACGUGUUCGAUGGUGAGGAGGAAGACGAUGACGAAGACGCGUUUGUGCCGUUUGGGAAGAUGAAGAAGUGGCUGGAGAGGAAGCCGCGGGGGUUCGGAGAAGGCAAAGAGUACGACAUUUCGAUUGAAGAGAAGCUGCUCGAAGAAAUUGAGAAGAGUAAGAAAGCACAGGCCGAGAGUAAUCUCGCCAGGCUCUCCGAAAAGGCGAAUUCGAAGGGAGACCAAAGCAAGAACAGCAGCAAAAGUGUUGGUGCGGUUCCGGAUGGAGUUAGAGUGCGGGUGAUGAAUCUUCCGAAGAAGAAGAACAUACACAGGGAUUUGAGCUCGGCUUUCAAGGUGGUUCCGGGUUUGAUUAGUAUAAACCCCGCGGUUUCCGGAAACAAGAAGACUAAGGACCCCAUUUGCAAGGGUUUUGCUUUUGUUCAUUUCAAGUCCGAGAUCGAUGCAACUAGGUUUGUAGAGAUGUUUUCUUCGCAGAAUGUUACGUUUGGUAAAAUUCAAAAGCAGAUAAAAUGUGAGCUGGUAGAUACGCCACAGCCGAAUUUGGAUCAGAAACAAUCAACAAAUAACCGUGGUGCUCUCCCACUAAUUGUUUCUGGAUUGGAAGGAGAUGAUAAAGCUGAUUUUGACUCGGAUGAAUCUUCCAUGGACGCAUUGGAGGAGACUACCCUUGAUGAAUAUGAGGGCUCUGAUGUUGAGAUUGUUGGACCAGAACUGGAAGACGUCAUGGAACACUCUUCGGAUAACCAUACUGCUCGUGAACUAACUGUUUCUGAAUUGGAAGAUGAGAAAGCUGAUUCUGACUUGGAUGAUUCUUCCCAGGAGACAUGGGAGGAGACCAUAGUUGAUGAAUACGACGGCUCUGAUUUUGAACUCGAUGAAUCUGAACUGGAAGAUGCUAUAGAGAAUUUGGAAUAUAUCAGUGGCUCAGACCUAGAUGGUGGAGAUAGAGAUAGCAUGGAAUCAAGGACUGAAUCCGAGUCUUUAUCAGCAGGUUCAUCCUCCUCGAAGCAGCUACUUGUCAAAGCAAAAGAAGAGAAGCUUCCCGGACAAAAGCCAGCUGUGAAAGGGAAAGGCGAAAGCUCGCCUAAGAAUAAGAAGAAGAAUAAGCUUAAUGUGAAACAAAAAGCAGUGAAGGUUCCAAAGUUGACGGUCGGCGGAUCCGCCAAGAGGUUGAAGGUGAAGGAGAAGGCUGUGCUUGGUGACGUGUUCGCAAAAUAUGGGUCCAAAGAAGCUGUUUUGGCUUCAAAGGGAGAUAGCUGACCAGGCCAUUGUAUGAGAACAUGGAGUGGUAGUGUGGGACUGUAAACCGCAAAGUGCAAAUGUAUGAAUGAAAUUUGCUCUUCUUCCC